AUGUCGACAAACGAGAGCGCACCGGAUCCGCUGCUACUUCUCCGUCAAACGAUCGCCAACAAAUCGUUGCCCAUCCCUACCACAUCCGCGGAUCCAUCCUCUCAAGCGCAAACCAAUGUAUCACUCGCGCAAGCUUCAUUUUUGCUUUUCAACUCCGACUCGGCCACAGAUGGGCCGCAGCACACGGCGAUCUCACURACACAACCGACGCGCUUUCAGUCUGCUGCCGGCGAUGGCAAGGCAUUAGAUUUGCGUUCUGUGUUCCUCUGCUGGCUACACAAGGACAGCAGCGUUCAGGAAUACAUCAACGCAACUACUCAACUCAAUGGCGAAUUACAGCAAACUGGUAAGAAUGAGGUCGUUACCAGUCUGGUCUUCUUGGAACGCYUGGAUCUCAACACCUGGCUGACAGGGGAGGUUGGUGAGCACGAGAGCGAGUACAUCAAGGGCGCCAACAACAACGCCGAGGCGCGACGGGACGCCGACGAUGCCGCACAGCUGGCACAGGGAGGUCAGGAUGUGGAAAUGCGCGAUGCCGACGUUGCGGACAGCGUGAAGCGGCGCGAGGAGGAGCAGCGUCUGCGCGACAUCUACGCUGCAGAGCGCAAGAUGGGGGAUCAUAACACCGUUCUUCGCGGUAUUAAGAUUCAGGAUUUCAGCGGAAUGCGCAAGUACAGUGCUCUUUUCCUCGGCAAGGUCAAACCUGGCGUCCCGCAGCCUGGUCAGGCACCUACUCCAGCCCUCAAUGCGAACCCAGCACUACGGCCAACUAUCAAGCCUUCCAAUCCGAACCGGAGGGUAGAGCCCAUCAUUCUUCUAUCCUCGUCCUUUUCCUCCCUCCUUCGUAUGCCUAACAUCAAGUCCUUCCUCAACGACGGCGUUUACGCUCCUCUCGAGCAGUCGGCGGAGUCUCCCUCCAUAUUACACAUCACUCGUCAGCUCCGCACUAUCAACCCUGGGCAAAGUACACGAUUCAUUCUUGUCGACGAUCCGUCACAUUUCCGACCAGACUACUGGUCGCGCGUCGUGGCCGUCUUCACAACUGGACAAACUUGGCAGUUCAAAGGUUACAAGUGGACAAAUCCCGCCGAGCUCUUCAGUCACGCCUUGGGUGUAUAUGUUGGUUGGAAGGGCGAAGUGAUCCCUGAUACAGUCAAGGGCUGGGGAAGACAGGUGUUGAGCGUGCAGAUUGACAAGGGCUCGAACCGUUGGCGGGAUCGGGAGGUGGUGGAAGACAUCUGGAGCCAGAUUGAGGGAAGAAUGCGAAUGAUGGGCAUGGGACGCUGA